AUGGAAGUGGUUAAUUCAGCAGUUACUAUUAUUAGUGACCCAGAAAAAUGUAGAACAUGGGUUUCCCAACAUAAGUCUUCUGUUAAAGCUUAUAUAUCUUUAGCUAUAUUCUGUACAAUCGUAUUCUUUUUUUUAUCAGAUGGGGAUUUCUCAUUUUUAUUGACAUUAUCUUCAUUAACUUCAGCAUUUAGCUUUGCUAUGGUAUGUCUUAAGAUUGAAUUAACAAAGUCAUGUUCUGGAGUUUCCCUUAGAAUGAUGGAAGCUUAUGUAAUAUUAAUAUUUGCACGAUUAUGUUCAAUUAUUCCAUUUGAAGGCUAUUUGCCUUAUGAUAGAAGUGGAGAUUGGCUCUAUCAAACUUUAGAAGCAGGUUGUAUGUGCCUCGCUGGAACAGUUGUAUAUCUAUGUCGUUCUCGCUACAAAGAGACUUAUGAUCCAAAUACUGAUGAGUUUAAUAGUCUAUUUUUAAUUAUUCCAGCUCUAAUUCUUGCCCUUAUCUUCCAUCCUUCCUUAAAUUCUUGGAUGCCAGCUGAUAUCUCUUGGACCUUUGCCCUAUAUUUGGAGAGUGUAGUUGUAUUACCUCAGUUAUUUAUGUUCCAAAAAGAACGCAAAGUCGUUCCAUUUACUAGUCACUUUUUAGCUAUGCAAGCUGUUAGUAAAAUUCUUGCCUUCAUAUUUUGGAUUUCAUCUUAUUCAGAGUUAAAUGAUCCAACUAGGUUACUUAAGAGGCAUGUAGGGUACUGGGUUAUUGUUAUGCAGAUUGUACAACUUGUACUUAUGGGUGAUUUUAUAUAUCACUAUAUUAGAUGCCUAACAAGAGGUGUACCAGUUCAAUUUAUUCUUAUGGAGAAUGUGUAA